AUGUCUUCGUGUCUUUGCACAGCUCACCACACCAAAGAGCCGAACGACCAGCCCUUCUCGUCCAGUAAGGACACCGUCGCCAUUGACGAGACGAACGCGUACUGGCAGGUCCUUUUCCACGUCGAGAAGCUCGACAUCCCCGCCCUCGCACACGUCUCUCUGCCCAUGCCUACUGCUUCGCCCGCGUACUGGUUCACGUGCACCCCGCUGCCGCCUGAACUGGUACGCAAGCUGCGCCUUUCUCCCUCGUCUCACCGAGGACAGAUUGUGGGCCCAGGCCCCGGCUGUCGUGGAGAUUACGACGGCACCCCGGAGCUGGCAGACGAUUGUCGUCGCUCUAGGUGUGACCCGACCAUCCAUGAGUCUUGUGCCAGGGUUCGGUUGAUGUCGGUAGACCAUGCUGAGAUGCACGAGGUCACCGGGAUGUGGGAAGGAAACCGAUUGUAUCUACGUAUACAACAAAGAUCUACGCUCUGCGAUGCUACUCGGAGCCUUGAACCCAUCAUAGAUGCGAGGGGUGCUCUCCAUGCGGUAUCAUUAGCACAGAUGGCAUUCUGCUGCGCACCAUAUCUAGUGCUCUUCCAACUGAGCUGGAUCUUGACAGACCGGCGGCGGUUGGACAUCCAGGCAUGGUUGCUGUUCCACAUGGCUCGCACACGGUUCUUCCAAUCAGUACACAUGCAUUCUGUCACCCCGGGGAGCCAAAUCAAGCCCGGCAAGGCAUGGCUGCAAUAG